UCUCCCAAGAUAACAAUCCUAAAAAAUUACGUGUAGUGCAAUUAUAAACCAUAUACCUACUUACAUAUACUGAGGUAUCGGGUAUUUCCCAUAUAAGUGCAAUAAUAGGGCGGAAAACAGGAAAAGUCAGAAAAUGUCCAACAAAAAUGCGAACUGUGCAGUCGGGAGCAAAAUUCAAAAAUUCAAAACAUUAGAUUCAAAGGUCCAAAAUUUAAUUCGAGAAGCUGUGGAAGCACGAAAUUUUUCCUAUUCUCCUUACAGUAAUUUUAAAGUUGGUGCUUGUGUUUUAUGUGACGAUGGAACAUUCUAUAGAGGGUGCAACAUAGAAAACCGAUCUUUUACAGUUGGUAUAUGUGCCGAGAGAUGUGCCUAUUCAAAAGCCAUAAGUGAAGGGAAAACAAACUUCAAAGCUGUUGUUGUAAUCGCACAACAAGAACAGUUUUUUACAACCCCUUGUGGAGCAUGUAGGCAAUUUAUGAGCGAGUUUGGAAAUGUCGAUGUUUAUAUUAGCAAACCCAACUCUGAGGAUGUAUUUGUGACAACACUAGAUGAACUGCUGCCACAUCAGUUUAAAACAGUAGACAACACAUUUGUAUAAUUUAAAUAUAUAUUUAAUAAAAUAUAACGUUCUAAAUACAUUGAAGGUAAUUAAAUUGUAUAUAUGUAUAAUAGAACUAGAGUAUUUCCAAUAAUUUUGACCACAAAUAAAGAGGUUAAUGCAAGCA